CAAUGAACCCUACCUAGAGCCUCAAGCAUCAUCUGCUCCAACAAUUCAUUCCUCAUCAUACUCUUCUUGUCUUAGCAAAGCAACGCGCUUCCCACUAUGUCUCCCUCGCACGCAAACAUCAUCUUCGGCGCCGGCCUCGUCAACGACAGCAGCAACCUCAACACCCCAGCCAAAACCGCCGCAAUCCUCCAGAUCCUCCACCGUCACAACAUUCAGCAGAUCGACACAGCCCAGAUCUACGGUCGAAGCGAGGAACUCCUCGGCCAAGCCAAUGCAGCCGCCGAAGGCUUCGCCUUGGACACCAAGCACGGCGGCGGAUUUCGGCCGGGACGCUCGUCACGAGAAGCGGUCAUCGCUGAUGCAGAGGAGAGUCUGAGGAAACUGAACACCGAUUCCAUCAACGUCUUCUAUAUCCACGCCCCAGACCGCAGCGCCCCGCUCGAGCCGACCCUCGCAGGCAUCAACGACCUCUACCAAGCCGGCAAGAUCAAGGAGUUCGGGCUCUCGAACUUCACCGCCGCAGAGACGAGAGAGGUGCUUCGCCUCUGCCAGGAGCACGACUACGUGCGCCCGACUGUAUACCAGGGCAACUACAACGCCAUCUCGCGGCUCGUGGAGACGGACCUUCUCCCCUUGCUGCGGGAGCACCACAUUCGGUUCUAUGCUUAUAGCCCCAUCGCCGGCGGGUUCCUCACGAAGACGAGCGAGCAGCUCCGGAAUGCGAGCGGGUCGAGCGGACGCUGGGAUCCCGGCUCGGGGUUCGGCAAGAUCUACCGCGGCCUGUAUGUGAACCCGGACAUGCUGGCUGUGCUGGAUCGCUGGAAUGAGGUCGCGGAGCAGGCGGGGAUCCCCAAGGCGGAGUUGGCGUAUCGGUGGGUGACGUAUCAUUCUGCGUUGAAGGGGGAGCUCAGAGAUGCGAUUAUUGCGGGAGCGAGUGGUGUUGAGCAGCUGGAGCAGACGUUAGCGGCGCUGGAGAAGGGGCCCCUUGAGGAUGAGGUUGUGAGGCGUGUGGAGCAAAUCUGGGAGGCUGCGAAGGAGUUUGCGGUGCUGGAUAACUUUAAUGCGCGGUAG